AGGACGAUCCCAGAUGUCUUUCUCCAGCAAGCUCAUUCCGCGAUUCCCUGGGUUCGCGCUGCCCUCGCUGGGCGCGGUGCGGCAGCGCUUGGCCCUCUCAGGCCACCGUCGAGGGCGGGCCCGCGCCGCAGCCAUGGCGGCGCCCGUCGUGCCGGAGAGCGACAGCAUCCGCAGGGCCGUGUCGCUGCUCAACACCGUGGACCCGGGCCGGUUUCCGCGGCUCCUCUCCCGCCUUCUCCAGAAGCUGCACCUGAAGGCUGAAAGUACCUUCAGUGAAGAGGAGGAAGAAAAACUUCAAAUAGCUUUUUCAUUGGAAAAACAGGAUCUUCAUCUGGUUCUUGAAACUAUAUCAUUCAUUUUGGAACAGGCAGUCUAUCACAAUUUGAAGCCUGCUUCACUGCAACAGCAGCUACAAAGCAUUCACCUGGAUCAAGACAAAGCUGAAGCAUUUGCUAGUGCAUGGGCAGCUGCAGGUCAAGAUACGAUUGAAAAGUUCAGGCAGAGGGUUUUGACCCCUCAGAAGCUUGAAACAGUUGGAUGGCAGCUUAAUCUUCAAAUGGCAGAGUCCAUGCAGGCAAAGCUGAAGUCUCCUCAGGCUGUGCUAGAGCUGGGAGUGAGCAAUGAAGAUUCAAAGAACCUGAAGAAGGUGUUUGUAGAAUUCAGCCAUAAGGAGCUAUUUGAGUUCUACAACAAGCUGGAAACUAUACAAGCACAGCUGGAUUCCCUUACGUGAUGUUUUUGAAGACUUAUUUCUCCAUCACACUCCUGCCACCUCAUUAUUUUGAAUUGAAGAUAGAUUGCCAAGCUGCGUUUCCUGAAGGAUUCAGCGGGUUGCUUCUUGUAAAAUUAUAUGGCUUAUCUGCUUUUCAGACCAGUACCAUUAGCUAAGAGUCUUUGUCAAGGGUCUGAAGAUUCUAAUGGACUUUCUCUUCUUUGCUUAGCAGCUGUGAAAAAUGUCUUCUUUACUUACAGUGGGGAAACACCCUGCCCAUGCCCUCCCCCCCCACCGAAAGAAUGCUACCCUGCUUCAGAAAUAUUUUUUUUGAUUCUAUUAUGCAUGUUACUUGAUUCUGGUAGAAAUUUGCAUGUUAGUGAGAGAUGAGGAAAAAAUUCCUUUUUUGUAGACGAAUGUAGAAAUUAUAAGAAAAUACUCAGCUAAUAAAAUCUCUAUCCUUUUUAAAUAAUAUUCCUACAAUUGAUAAUGCUUCUUGCAGAUUUGUCAAAAUAAAUUCAGAAUUUUGAAAGUUGA